AUGCAAGUUCUAAUGUUUUCAUCAUUAUCCGAAGUGAUCACUGCAAUGAAUAAUCACACUCUUGUCUCACAUUUCGGUUUGGAACCUACCGGAACACGAUUGGCUUUGAUGAACUCAGUUAUGACAACAACAACCGAAAUAGGGAAUGCUCUUUCAAUUCUAUUACUUUUACCAGUUUCUGACUUGAAGGGACGAAAAUAUGCUUCAGUAUACUUACGUUUUGGUAUAACGUUUGCAGCUGCGUUGUGUCAUUUGUUAGCAGCUUGGUUCGAAGCAUCCGAACUAUAUAUACUAGGCCAGUUGAUACUGGGAUCUCAUUAUUCCUUACGCACUUUUGUAACUCUAAUCUUUGUAUUAGAGUGCGUUCCAGAUAUGUUCCGAGGUUUCGCGAGUACCAUAUUCAUGUUUUCAUUUGUAUUCGCUAAAAUGAUCAUGUUUUCUGCUGCAUCACCGAGUUUGCUAGGAACGAGUUCACUUUGGUUCACUUUUCCAAUCAUUGUGAUGAUAAGUUCUGUUGCUGUUCUGUGCAUGCUCACUCGGUUUCCUGAAUCUCCAAAAUGGCUCAUUCAGCAGAACAGAGUGAUAGAAGCGAGAGAUUCAGUUCGAUUUUAUCAUGGCGCUGAUUGUCAUUUAAAUGAAGUUGUGACUUCAAUGAUCAAAGAAAAAAACUUGACACAUGAAAAUAAGCUUUCAUUGCGUCAAGUAUGGGAAAAUGACACAUUGAGAGAGGCAUUCAAAAUCCUGUUAGCAGUAUUGUUUUUCCUUGAGUUCGACACUACGUAUAUACUUUCUAUUUACACAAUAACUUUCCAUAAUACAGCUGGAUUCAGUACACAAAUGGCAAUGAACAUCAACCUGAUUAUCACAGCUGUUUCACUUCCCAAAAAUUUCAUUGGAACAUACAUUCUGGAUGCUCUUGGAAGGAGACCAACUCUGUUCAUUGGUGGUCUGAUGCUAUAUUCAAAAUCUGUUUUACUUUUGGCAACUGAAAUCAUCAUUUACAUUUCCGGUGCAAGUUUUUUGACGGAAAGUUUAUAUGUUGUGGUAGAAUUACUGUCAUCAUUGGCUCCUGCAACUGGUAUGAAUUCCAUUCGAAUUUUGUUCGUAUCUGAGUUGUUUCCACCUUCUGCCCGAACAGCGGUUGGGCAAGCGAUGAUGUUCAUUUCUAUGGCAAUUAACACUCCUAUCACAACUUUCUUCCCAAUCGUCAACUCAAUAUUCCCUCCGAUCUUUUUUGUACCUUUUGUUAUAACACCACUGAUUCUGGGCACCUAUUUAUAUAGACAUAUGCCAGAAACUCGAGGGCGCGCAGUUUAUGACAUCAUUGAGUCUAUGGAUAGAGAUGUUGGCUCAAGGGCUGCAUCAAUUUACGAAGAAAAACUACCUCUUAUCAGAGAUCGAGCCAGAACUCUUGCAGUUAAACGGAAUAGCAUACUAAACACUUCUCGCACUCGGGCGUUGACUUUUGACCACAAGUUCAAUUCAAAGAACUGA